AUGACAAUCACAACUCGUGGCUCUCCAGUAGGAGAGAAUGAGAGUCAGGGACAGGCUCCUGAUGGACAGCCUCAGACUUCUUUCCAACAGAACCAGAUCUCAUCAUCUGAUUCUUCCAAUGAGAAUUCUCCAGCAACUCCUCCAGAUGAACAAGGCCAAGGUGAUGCUCCACCACAGCAUGAAGAAGAAGAUCCUUCAUUUCCUCAUGCUGACCUGGCAAAGUUAGAAGACAUGAUUAACAGGCCCCGAUGGGUGGUUCCUGUUUUGCCAAAGGGGGAAUUAGAAGUACUGUUAGAAGCUUCUAUUGAUCUUACUAAAAAAGGCCUUGAUGCUAAAAGCGAAGCAUGCCAGCGUUUUUUUCGAGAUGUUUUAACUGUGUCUUUUACUAAAAUCCUUAUGGAUGAGGCAGUGAGUGGAUGGAAGUUUGAAGUUCACAAGUGUAUUAUUAAAAAUACCCAUCGCCUAGUGGAGCUUUGUGUGGCCAAAUUGUCUCAGGACUGGUUUCCAUUUCUAGAACUUCUAGCAAUGGCAUUAAAUCCUCACUGCAAAUUUCAUGUCUGUAAUGGUGCACGUCCAUGUGAAUCAGUGUCCUCAAGUGUUCAGUUUCCUGAAGACGAACUCUUUGCCUGUUCUCCAGACCUACAUUCACCAAAAGGUUGGUUAGUGGAUCUCAUUAAUACAUUUGGCACACUAAAUGGUUUCCAGAUUUUGCAUGAUCGUUUCACUAGUGGAUCAGCAUUAAAUGUUCAAACAAUUGCAGCUCUUAUUAAGCCAUUUGGACAGUGCUAUGAGUUCCUCACUCAACAUACAAUAAAAAAGUACUUCAUUCCUGUUAUAGAAAUAGUUCCGCAAUUAUUACAAAAAUUAACUAAUGAAGAACUGAAAAAAGAAUCAAAGACUGAAGUAAAAAAUGAUGCCAUUUCAAUGAUUAUUAAAUUUCUAAAAAAUUUAGCUUCAAGAAUUCCAGGACAAGAAGAAACUAUUAAAAAUUUAGAAAUUUUUAGGUUACAAAUGAUACUCAGAUUGCUACAGAUUUCUUCUUUUAACGGAAAGAUGAAUGCACUGAAUGAAAUUAACAAGGUACUAUCAAAUGUGUCAUAUUAUACACAUCGACAUGGUAAUUCUGAAGAAGAGUGGCUGACCGCUGAACAAAUGGCCGAGUGGAUACAACAAAACAAUAUCUUAUCCAUAGUCUUGCAAGAUAGCCUACAUCAACCACAGUAUGUGGAAAAGCUAGAGAAGAUUCUUCGUUUUGUAAUUAAAGAAAAGGCUCUGACUUUACAGGAUCUUAAUAAUAUCUGGGCAGCACAGGCUGGAAAACAUGAAGCUAUUGUGAAGAAUGUACAUGAUUUACUUGCAAAAUUGGCUUGGGACUUUUCUCCUGAACAACUUGAUCAUCUUUUUGAUUGCUUUAAGGAAAGCUGGACAAAUGCAAAUAAAAAACAACGUGAAAAACUCCUUGAAUUGAUACGUCGUCUUGCAGAAGAUGAUAAAGAUGGUGUAAUGGCACACAAAGUGUUGAAUCUUCUUUGGAAUCUAGCUCACAGUGAUGAUGUGCCUGUAGAUAUCAUGGAUCUGGCUCUCAGUGCCCACAUAAAAAUACUCGAUUAUAGUUGUUCCCAGGAUCGAGACACACAAAAAAUCCAAUGGAUAGACUGCUUUAUAGAAGAAUUUCGAACAAAUAAUAAAUGGGUUAUCCCUGCAUUAAAACAAAUUAAAGAGAUUUGUAGUUUGUUUGGUGAAGCACCUCAAAAUUUAAGUCAAACUCAUCGAAGUCCUCAUGCAUUUUAUCGUCAUGACUUAAUCAGCCAACUUCAGCAUAAUCAUGCUUUAGUUACUUUGGUAGCAGAAAACCUUGCAUCUUAUAUGAACAGCAUAAGAUUGUAUGCUAGAGAUCAUGAAGAUUAUGACCCACAAACUGUAAGACUAGGAAGUAGAUACAGUCAUGUUCAAGAAGUCCAAGAACGGCUUAAUUUCCUCAGAUUCUUAUUGAAGGAUGGUCAACUCUGGCUCUGUGCUUCCCAGGCAAAACAAAUAUGGAACUGUUUAGCAGAGAAUGCAGUUUACUUUUGUGAUCGAGAAGCCUGUUUUAUGUGGUAUUCCAAAUUAAUGGGAGAUGAACCUGACUUAGAUCCUGAUAUUAAUAAGGAGUUUUUUGAAAGCAAUGUGCUUCAACUUGAUCCUUCUCUAUUAACCGAAAGUGGAAUAAAAUGUUUUGAAAGAUUUUUCAAAACUGUUAAUUGUCGAGAAGGGAAACUAAUGAUAAAAAGAAAAGUCUAUAUGAUGGAUGAUUUGGACUUAAUAGGAUUAGACUAUCUUUGGAAGGUUGUGAUUCAGAGUAAUGACGAUAUUUCAAGCAGAGCAAUAAAUCUCCUUAAAGAGAUAUACACAAGCCUUGGUCCCAGAUUACAAGCUAAUCAGGUAGUAAUUCAUGAAGAGUUUAUUCAAUCUUGCUUUGAUCGCUUGAAAGCCUCAUAUGAUACGUUGCGUGAUUUGGAUGUUGAUAAGGACAAUAUUUUUAGCUGUGCAAGACAAGAAGCCACCCGAAUGGUUCGCAUAUUAACGGUUUUAAGGGAAUACAUAAGUGAAUGUGACAGUGAUUAUCAUGAGGAAAGGAUGAUUCUACCUAUGUCAAGAGCAUGUCGUGGGAAACACUUGUCUCUUACAGUUCGAUUUACAAACCAGGGCAAAGAAGUUGAUGAUUUGGACAUAUUGUCUCAUACGAAUGCUACCAUUGGUUCUGUGCGACGCUGCAUUCUCAAUCGUAUUAAUGCCAGUGUAGCCCAUACAAAAAUUGAACUGUUUAUAGGUGGAGAGUUGAUAGAUUCUGGAGAUGACAGAAAGUUAGUUGAACAGUUAAAUUUGAAAGAUAAAUCACUAAUUACAGCUACAUUUAUACAAAUAAAUUCCAACAUGCCUUCAAGUCCUGAUAGCUCAUCUGAUUCAUCAGCUGGGUCUCCUGGAACCCACUGUCAUAAUAACUACAGAGAUGUUUCCAAUUCAGAAAUGGAAAAAUGUUUACCUGGAGUGAUAAUGUCACUGCAGCCCAGAUACAUAUCUUUCCUUUGGCAAGUUGCAGACUUAGGUAGCAUGUUAACUAUGCCAACUCUUAGAGAUGGAGCAAGAAUACUUAUGAAACUUAUGCCACCAGAUACCACAACUAUAGAAAGAUUAAGAGCUGUAUGUUCAGACCAUUUAAAUCUUGGAGAAAGACGACUUGGUCAAUCUCUUCACUCACUUUUCUUUGGUUCUUCCGCCUCCCAAGUACUAUAUUUAACAGAGGUAGUUUACAUCUUGUUAAUGCCUGCUGGUGCACCUCUGGAUAUUUCCUCUGACUUUAAGUAUCACUUCUUGAAAAGUGGUGGCUUACCCCUUGUACUAAGUAUGCUGAUACAAAAUAACUUCUUACCAAAUACAGAUGUUGAAACUCGUAGAGAUGCUUACCUCAGUGCCCUUAAAAUAGCCAAACUGUUGUUAACUGCUAUUGGCUAUGGCCAUGUCCAAGCUGUAGCAGAAGCUUGUCAACCCAUUGCAGAUGGUACAGAUCCUAAAACACCGAUUAACCAGGUUACUCAUGAUAAAGCUGUAGUGCUCCAAAAUGCCCUUCAGAGCAUUCCGAAUCCUUCUUCUGAGUGCAUGCUUAGAAAUGUAUCAGUUCGUCUUGCUCAACAAAUAUCAGGCUUGGCCUCGAGAUAUAUCCCUGAUAGUUGUGUUAUUAGAGCUAUACAAAAAAUUAUCUGGGCAUCAGGAUGUGGAUCAUUAGAACUAAUAUUUAGUUCAAAUGAAGAUAUCACAGAAACCUACAAAAUGACCACCAGUACAAGGAGGAAUCUAGAAGUUAAAGAUGAACAGGUUUGCUGUGAAGCCCUGGAAGUGAUGGCAUUAUGUUUUGCUUUAAUUCCAACUGCUUUGGAUUCAGUCAGUCAAGAAAAGGCCUGGCAGUCAUUUGUCAUUGACUUACUAUUGUACUGUCCUAGCAAAACCAUACGGCAGUUGGCACAAGAACAGUUCUUUUUAAUGUGUACCAGAUGUUGCAUGGGACAUAGACCUCUGCUGUCCUUCAUUACUCUACUCUUUACCAUUUUGGGGAGUGCAGCAACAGAGAAGGGUAAACAUUCAGAUGUCUACUUCACACUUUUAAGGCGUCUUCUAACUUAUUCUUACAACAGCAACAUUCAUGUACCCAAUGUUGACAAUCUUCUCAAUGACGAAAUUGAGUGGCUUAAAAGGGUUAGGGAUUACAUUAAAAAUACAGGAGAAACAAGUGUAGAAGACCCAAUCUUAGAAGGCCAUCUGGGAGUAACAAAAGAGUUACUUUCCUUUCAAACUCCUGAGAAAAAGUAUCAUAUUGGUUGUAAACCAGGAGGUGCUAAUCUUGUUAAAGAAUUAAUUGAUGAUUUCAUCUUUCCUGCAUCCAAAGCUUACCUGCAGUAUAUGAGAAGUGGGGAACUGCCAACCAAGCAAACUAUUCCAGUCUGUGGUUCACCAGCUACAGUUAAUGCUGGCUUUGAACUACUUGUAGCUUUAGCUUUUGGUUGUGUAAGGAAUCUUAAACAGAUAGUAAACUGUUUGACUGAAAUGUUUUACAUAGGCACACCAUUAAAUACUUGUGAAGCCCUUGCUGAAUGGGAAUAUUUACCACCUGUUGGACCCCGCCCACCAAAAGGAUUUGUGGGACUCAAAAAUGCUGGUGCUACUUGUUAUAUGAACUCUGUAAUCCAACAGCUAUACAUGAUUCCUUCAAUCAGGAACAGUAUUCUUGCAAUUGAAUGCAUGUGGAAUGAUACAGAUGAUGAUAUAUUCAAAGAUGAAAGACAGGACAGUGAGAACAACGUUGAUCCCAGGGAUGAUGUAUUCGGAUAUCCUCAUCAAUUUGAAGAUAAACCAACAUUAAGUAAAGUAGAAGAUCGAAAAGAGUACAACAUUGGUGUUUUAAAACACCUUCAGAUAACCUUUGGACAUUUAACUGCUUCUCAACUACAGUACUAUGUGCCAAGAGGAUUUUGGCAACAAUUCAGGCUUUGGGGUGAACCUAUUAAUCUCCGUGAGCAACAUGAUGCAUUAGAGUUUUUUAAUUCUUUGGUGGAUAGUUUAGAUGAAGCUUUUAAAGCUUUAGGACAUCCACCUGUGCUAAGUAAAGUCCUUGGAGGAUCCUUUGCUGAUCAGAAGAUUUGCCAAGGCUGCCCACAUAGGUAUGAAUGUGAAGAAUCUUUUACAACUUUAAAUGUAGACAUUAGAAAUCACCAAAAUCUUCUUGAUUCUUUGGAACAGUAUAUUAAAGGAGAUUUACUAGAGGGUGCCAAUGCAUAUCACUGUGAAAAAUGUGAUAAAAAGGUUGAUACAGUAAAGCGCUUACUGAUUAAAAAACUACCUUCUGUUCUUGCUAUUCAACUGAAACGAUUCGACUAUGAUUGGGAAAGAGAAUGUGCAAUCAAAUUUAAUGAUUACUUUGAAUUUCCAAGAGAAUUGGAUAUGGAACCUUAUACAGUAGCAGGUGCCACAAAGCUGGAAGGUGACAAUAUAAAUCCACAGACUCAAUUGAUUAAGCAGAGUGAGCAGUCUGAAAGUGUGAUACCAGGAAGCACAAAGUAUAGACUUGUCGGCGUGCUUGUACACAGUGGUCAAGCAAAUGGUGGACAUUAUUAUUCUUACAUCAUUCAAAGAAAUAGUAAAGACAGUAAGAGAGGUCACUGGUUCAAAUUUGAUGAUGGAGAUGUAACAGAAUGUAAAAUGGAUGAAGAUGAAGAGAUGAAAAAUCAGUGCUUUGGCGGAGAAUAUAUGGGAGAAAUUUUUGAUCCCAUGAUGAAGCGUCUGUCAUACAGGCGUCAAAAAAGAUGGUGGAAUGCUUAUAUUCUUUUUUAUGAACGUAUGGAUAUAACCAAUGAAGAUGAUGAAAUGAUAACAUAUAUAUCAGAGCUAACAGUCACCAGACCUCAUCAGAUUAUGUCACCAGCUAUUGAAAGAAGUGUGUGGAAACAGAAUGUGCAAUUCCUCCAUAACCAAAUGCAAUUUAGCUUAGAAUAUUUUCAGUUUAUUAAAAAACUGCUUACAUGUAAUGCUGUAUACUUAAACCCUGCUCCAGGACAAGAUCACCUGCUACCAGAAGCAGAAGAUAUCACAAUGAUCAGCAUUCAGCUUGCUGCUAGAUUCCUCUUUACUACUGGAUUUCAUACUAAGAAAAUAGUCCGUGGACCUGCCAAUGACUGGUAUGAUGUACUGUGUAUUCUCCUCCGUCACAGCAAGAAUGUGCGUUUUUGGUUCACUCAUAAUGUCCUUUUUAAUGUAUCAAAUCGUUUUUCUGAGUACCUUCUGGAAUGUCCAAGUGCAGAAGUCAGAGGUACAUUUGCAAAACUUAUAGUAUUUAUUGCACAUUUUUCUCUGCAAGAUGGAUCUUCUCCUUCACCUUUUGCAUCACCUUUUGCAACUCAGAUCUAUGACAGUUUAAGCUUGAGUGAUCAUUUACUAAAAGCAGUAUUAAGUCUUUUGAGAAGGGAAGUUUCUGAACAUGGACGACAUUUACAACAAUAUUUCAAUUUAUUUAUAAUGUAUGCCAGUUUAGGUUUGGCAGAAAAGACCCAGCUUCUAAAACUGAAUGUACCUGCAACUUUUAUGCUUGUGUCUUUGGAUGAAGGACCAGGUCCCCCAAUUAAAUAUCAGUAUCCUGAGUUAGGCAAGUUACAUUCAGUAGUGUCUCAGCUGAUCCGAUGUUGCAGUGUCUCAUCAAGAAUGCAGUCUUCUAUCAGUGGUAACCCUCCUCUUCCAAAUCCAUUUGGUGACCCAAAUUUAUCACAACCUAUAAUGCCAAUUCAGCAGAAUGUGGCUGACAUUUUAUUUAUAAGAACCACUUAUGUUAAGAAAGUUAUUGAAGACUGCAGUAACUCAGAGGAAACAGUCAAAUUACUUCGCUUCUGUUGCUGGGAGAAUCCCCAGUUUUCAUGUUCUGUUCUCAGUGAACUGCUAUGGCAGGUUGCAUAUUCAUAUGCAUAUGAACUUCAACCAUAUUUGGAUCUACUUUUGCAAAUUAUUCUGCUUGAGGACUCCUGGCAAGCUCACAGAAUUCAUAAUGCACUCAAAGGAAUUCCAAAUGAUCGAGAUGGACUGUUUGAUACAAUCCAGCACUCUAAAAACCACAAUCAAAAAAGAGCCUAUCAAUGUAUAAAAUGGAUGGUAACUCUCUUUAACAAUUGUCCUGUUGCCAACCAGAUCUUACAGGGUAAUGGAGACCUUAAAAAAAAGUGGACUUGGGCUGUUGAAUGGCUUGGAGACGAACUGGAAAGAAAACCAUAUUCUGGCAAUCCUCAUUACACUUACAGCAACUGGUCUCCUCCAGUACAAAGCAAUGAAACAGCAAGUGGUUAUUUUUUAGAGAGAUCUCAUAGUGCAAGAAUGACGCUUGCAAAAGCUUGUGACCUAUGUCCAGAAGAGGACCCUGAUGUCCAAGAUGCCCCAGAUGAGCAUGAUUCACCUGCACCACAAGAUAAAACACCACAAGAUAAAACAUUUUAUCUUUAUUCACACAGAACUCAGUGUCAACAGAAUAAUUAUGAGCCUGAACAGCCGUAUUCAGGUCCAACAGCACAUCACUUGAACAACCCUCAGAAAAACGAUGAACCACAAGAAACUCAUGAAAGUAGUGAAGAAAUAUCUUCAUCUCUAAUAAAGGAUCAGUGA